AUGUUCGAAUGCUCCGCCGUCGGCACGUUGCCUGACUGGCUUGGAGAACUGCAUUCUCUGCGACGCCUUGAACUGAGUAGGGGCGAUUUGAAGCAGUUCCCAGAGGCGAUUCAGCGCCUCACCUCGCUUGAACAUCUCCGCAUUUCAUCAGGUCCUGCACUGACGGUGCUGCCGGAGUGGAUUGGACAACUCUCUGCGCUUCGUUCGCUUUGGAUCGAGCAUUCCCCUGCCCUUCAAUACUUGCCCCAAUCCAUACGACGCCUAACUGCUCUCGAGGAAUUGUACAUUUAUGGUCGCCCUGGUUUGGUGGCGGCGGCGGCGGCGGCGCUCCCUGCCCCUCUCCUUCGUCACCUAUGGCGGCGCUAG